AUGUCACCGGAUCUGAAUUCCCUUCCUCCAUCCCGCUCGUCUUCAACCUCUUCCUCGAUUCUGCAACGUAAUAUACCCGCUCCCGGAACUGGGCCGGCGCCGGUGAACCCGAACACCGCAUCACCAAUGCCCUCCCGUGGUUCAAGCAUAAGCCGACUAUCGGUAUCCGAGCGACGUCGAUCUGCUGCCGGCGUGAAUCUGAACCUGAAUGAGAUGCAGGGAACUAGUCCAGGAGCUGGCGGCGAGUUACCUGCAUCAGACCACCGCGACCAUCGCAGCUCGAUCGGACAUGCAUUGCGAACAGCCAGCCCGUCUAGCCACGGGGGUAGCCCCAUAUUCGCAACGGCAGAUCCCCAUCACCAGCGCGCACCAUCGUUGGGAGAGCUACACCAAGAACUGGAGCAAGAACAAGAAGCACAAGUGCCAGCAGGCCCAACUGCAACAAUACCAGCAGCAACAGAACCCGCAAUCAACUGCUGCAAUCGACGACACCACCCCGGCAUCGGAACGGUCGGCCUUCUUCCCCCCGGUCCGGCAGCACCUCCAGCCGGCAACAGAUUAUCGAUCUCUUCUUCAUUCUCAAACCGCCGAAACUCGCGACCUUCUAGUCAAGCGACGUCACCGAACUUGCGGCCGCUAGACUCGCGUGGACCGGAGGGCGUGGAGCCAUUCCCGGGGUUGCGGGAUAGUCCAUCUCGGCGCGGGAGCCGAGACGAGAGUGCAUUCUACCAAGCCGAAGCGAGCUCCUUAGCCCGAGAAAACGUGCUCCUUCGGCAACGCAUUCGGGAACUAGAGAGACAACUUGGCGGCCUGACGACUUCCCAGACCGCGUCUUCUGCAACAACUACUUCGGGCAUUCCGUCCGGGCAAGCGGGGGCCGAAACCGCGGACCCGCCUGCCGUGAGUUCAGCGCGAGAUGGUAAGGACUGA